GUGUUUAUAACAUUCCCACUUCUGGGUUACCAAACAGCAUCUGUAGCAGUGAAAGUCGCGUUUUCCGCGUUUGUCAAGUCAGUUUUACUUUCACAGAGUGGAGAGAGAGAGAGAGGGAAAACGAAUUCAUCAAUGGCGGGAGGAGUAGAUCACCAGAAACAUCUUCUAAGCUUAAUUCGAGAUUUCGCUACUGAAAAAUCUCAAGGAGAACGAAGAGUAGUUGGUUUAAAAAAGAGAAUCCAGGAUCUUGAAUCCGAGCUAGACAAAGAAAAUACUCAACUCGAAGAAGCUAAACGCUGUAAAGAAACUGCUGAACAAGAACUGAAAGGAUAUGAAUUCGAAUUGGCUUUAAAUGAAGCUUCUGUUCAAGCUUUAGAGACUAGAAUUUCUGCUACUCAAGAUGAGAUUUCGAAGAUUGGAUCAGUUGUUGACGCUAUUAAAGAUCAAGAAUGUCUUUCGCGAGACGAGUUUAUUAAUCAAAUGUUUGAAUUCAACCAGCAAAUAAGGAAACUGCAAGAGAUUGUAGCUCAUGGUUCAGCUAAAGAUGAUUGUGCUGAUGCUUCUACAGAUAAUGCAGGCAUCUUGGCUGAGGGCGACAAACAGAUGGUUCAUCUUAAAAGUGCUUUAAAAGAUCUCGAGGAUAAGAUAGCAGAUAUUACUAGUCAAACACGCAUAGAGGAACAGGAGUACCAAGAAGGAGAACAUAUUAAUAAGAAGGUCAAAUGUGAGAUGGCUUACUUGGAAAAGCGAGAGAUCAUGCUGGAGUCUAUUGUGAAAGAAAUGAAGCAUUUGCAGGAGCUAACCAAGCAGACUACUGAAUCAGAAGAGGAGUGUGCCUCUCUUGGGGAGGAGUUACAGAGGAGGUCUAAGUGCCCAGACUGUCAUCUGGAUAAUGUGGGAGCCUUGGGGGAAAUUCUUCAGACAGAAAAAGGGAUGGAUGCAAGUCAUUCUACAGAUGCACCUGAAACUUGACGUGAGCUUGUAGUUCCGAGAAAGCAUAGAACUAACUAUACAAUAUCAAAUGAAGAACAUCAAAUUUAUAUAUUCAAUAGAAUAGCACCCUUAAUUAAACAUGUUUAACAGCUAGGAUAAAAUGUGAUUUCUGUUCAAUAUUUUUGAUAUCAGAACCUAGUGGAAGACGUCUGAAAUCAGGCAAGCCUUAGAAAGACUUGCGGGCGGGAGUCUUGUAAAACAUGGUUCAUGGUUGGUAAGAAGGGUUUACAGCCAACACCUUAGGCAUUUAUGCUGCAGUUCCAUUAUACUCAUUUCUGAGAGACCUCUGGUUAUAUGUGGUGUUGGAACCUGUUGAACAUAUAAUGACGGCAAUACGUCUUACGGGAUGAAAAAUCUGAUUGGAGGCUUUUUCCUAUCCUUUUUUUGAAAGAAAAAAAUACAAUCUUCAAAACUAAAA